AUGUGCACGGAGCAGCGUUUCAAUAAUCACCGUGCAAAGUUUCAUCGCGGUGCCAACUCAGGCUUCAAAUGCAACGAAUGCAAUCAAAAGUUUUUGACUCCAAGAAAAUUGAGGAAACACAAGAAGAUGUCCCACAUUUUUGUGAAAACUUAUGCCUGUCACUUUUGCGAGGAGCUGUUCACAAGCGAAGUUUCAGUGAUGACGCACGAAAGAAUUCAUACUGGCAUAAUCAAAUUCGAGUGCAAAAUUUGUGAUUUCCGGUGUAAUCGAUAUAUUCAAAUGGAAAAUCACAAAAAAGAGGAUCACGGAUAUCUAUGCUCCAUUUGUCAGGAGAGCUUUGGAGAGUGGGCUGAAAUCAAAAAUCACACGUUGUCGAAACAUGGAGGCUACCUCACUAGCGAUACGUACACUGGUUAUGUGGAGUCUCCUCGUGUCUGGGCAUUGUUUAAAGGAGAUUGA